AUGCGCACGACAUUGACGACAAUUGGAAGCCUGUUUGGGAUUGUGUUCUUGACGGCCGUCGGGGUCGUGCUGCUCCGCGCUGAAGCAGACGCACCGCCACCCGUUGAUACGGCCCCCUUGAUCGCGCAGGCAGGCAAGUACGAGGUCAAGAUCCAUCGCGAUCAUUUUGGUGUUCCCCAUAUCUACGGCGAGACAGAUUCGGAUGUAGCCUUUGGCCUGGCGUUUGCGCAUGCAGAAGAUGAUUUCGCGACCAUUCAGGAAGUGGCGAUUGCCGCAAGAGGCCAGCUCGCAGCCAUCAAGGGAAUAGAUGCAGCGGUUACCGACUAUCUCGUGCAUCUAUUGCGGGUGUGGGAAGCGGUAGACGCCAAAUAUUACACGCAUGUAUCGCCCGAAGCCCGCGCGCUGGCAGAAGCCUAUGCUGACGGCGUGAAUUAUUAUGCCGCACUGAACCCCGAUGAGGUUGAAGCCGGACUUCUACCUAUGACCGGGAAGGACGUGGUCGCAGGAUUUACCUUCAAAGCCCCUUUUUUCUACGGCAUGCAGAACCACAUUCUCGAACUCUUCGAGCCGGAGCGGAAACGUGAAAUGUCGAUGGGCCCGGAAAAUGCCUUUCUGCUGACCGAUGAAGGGUUUGCCCAUGCAGGGUCCAACGGAUUUGCCGUUGCACCGUCCCGAUCAGCUGAUGGAAAAACCCGCCUGCUUGUUAAUUCCCAUCAACCCUAUAAAGGCCCCGUUGCCUGGUAUGAAGCACGCUUGAAAAGCGAAGAAGGAUGGGACGCCGUCGGCGGGGUUUUCCCGGGAUCACCUCUCAUGCUUCACGGACAUAACCGCCGGGUUGGGUGGGCCUCGACCGUCAACAAGCCCGACCUUGUCGACACCUAUGUCCUCACCGUGAACCCCGACAAUCCGGAUCAAUAUCUGCUGGAUGGGGAGUGGCGGCAGUUUGAGAAGACCAGCGUCGACAUAAAGGUAAAGCUCUGGGGUCCGUUCUGGUGGACCGUUUCGCGCGACGUUGAAUAUUCCGAGCAUGGGCCCGUCAUUCGUCAAGAACAUGGAACCUAUGCCGUGCGCUAUGCAGGCAUGGGCGAAGUCGGCAACCUUGACCAGCGCCUCGCCAUGAACAAAGCGGGCUCUCUGGAGGAGUGGUUGGCGGCGAUGGCCAUGCAGGCUCUGCCGUCCAUCAACUAUAUUUACGCUGAUGCGGAUGGAAACAUUGCGCUCCUUUAUAAUGGCCAGAUGCCAAAGCGGGUCGAGGGUUUCGAUUGGCAGGAAUAUCUGCCGGGCGACCGAUCAGACCUGAUCUGGAGGGAAUAUUUGCCGUUUGAGCAUGUCCCGCUUUUAUUGAAUCCGAAGGCGGGAUUCAUCACGGAAGCAAACAGCACGCCAUACAAAGCGACCGCACCGGAAGAUGAUUUGAAGCCCGAAGAUUUCUCCGCAACACUUGGCAUCGAAACGCAAAUGACCAACCGUGCCUUUCGCGCGUUGGAGCUGCUAGGGUCAGAUGCCUCCAUCACCGCAGAAGAGUUCCGCGCUUACAAAUAUGAUCACGCCUACUCGACUGCGUCAGAACUUGCUUCGCUGAUUGCAGAAGUGCUCGCUGUCGAGGCAGGCAGCGAUGAAGAUCUGAAACAGGCCCAGAAUAUCCUGCGGGAUUGGGACCUUCGGACCGAUUAUGAAAGUCGUGGCGCAGCGUUGGGUGUGUUGAUGGGAGAACCAGUCGUGCGCGCACGGCUCGGCGGUAAGGAACCGCCCGCGCCAUUAGAUAGCCUGCAAGAAGCCAUUGCGCAUUUGAAAGAGCAUUUUGGGCGUCUCGAUCCCAUGUGGGGAGAGGUGAAUCGCAUCAUUCGGGGCGGCGUCGAUAUGCCGAUCCAGGGCGGGCCGGACAUUCUGCGUGCCGUCUAUGGCAGGAAGGCUGACGAAGAUGGGCGCCUUGGUGCCGAAGGUGGAGAUACCUACAUCAUGUUUGUUGAGUGGGAUGAAGACGGUACUGUUACCUCAGAAAGCAUCCAUCAGUUUGGCUCCGCGACGAUUGACGAAACAUCGUCGCAUUUUGCAGACCAAGCCCCACUAUUUGCAGAAGAAAAAACAACGCCCGUCCUGCUGGAUUGGGACGCGUUUGAACCAACCAUUGCCGAAAGCUAUCGGCCUGGCAGGCGUGCGGCGAGAUGA